AAAGUCCCAACCUUUCUCUCUCCAUAAGCUCAAAUUUUCACCACUAGACCACUACGACUCACAAAGUCUUUCUCACCUUCCUCUUCACCAACAAUGGAAAAUCGCAUUGCGUUUAUCAGAAAUUCCAUAAUCCCUCGCUUCGCGUUUUGGGUUUUGUUUCUUGUUAGCUCCGUUUGUGCUCGAUUUAUAGUGGAGAAGAUCGAUAUCACCGUUAUGGCUCCUAAAGAUCUUCAGGAUAAGCACGUGGGUGCCGCUGGAAACUUCGGUGUUCCCGAUUAUGGAGGUUACAUGACAGGUUCAGUGUUUUAUCCCGAGAAAGGGGCUUUAGGGUGCCAACCCUUUGAGGGCGAUAAGCCCUUCAAGUCUGAGCCAUCUUUACCCACUAUUCUUCUCCUUGAUCGUGGAGAGUGUCUUUUUGCCUUGAAAGUAUGGCAUGCUCAAAUAGCUGGAGCUGCUGCAGUAUUAGUGGUUGACGAGAAAGACGAGCCUCUCUUAACUAUGGAUUCUCCUGAAAAGACCAAGUCAGCGGAAGGGUACAUAGAGAAGAUUAACAUUCCAUCAGCUCUGAUAAGGAAACCUUUUGGUGAAAAGUUGAAGGAAGCUUUAAAAGACAAAGAUAGUCAUAUUUUGGUCAAGAUAGAUUGGCCAAUGCCUCAUCCUGAUGGCAGAGUUGAGUAUGAGUUGUGGACAAACAGCAAUGAUGAAUGCGGAGCUCGCUGUGAUGAACAGAUGAAUUUUGUGAAGAAUUUUAAGGGUCAUGCUCAGAUUCUUGAGAGGGGUGGUUAUACUCAAUUCACUCCACACUAUAUAACAUGGUUUUGUCCAAAGUCUUUUAUUGACAGCGAACAGUGUAAGUCUCAAUGCAUAAACCAUGGCAGAUACUGUGCACCGGAUCCCGAGAUGAACUUUUGGGAGGGGUAUAAAGGGAAGGAUGUGGUUUUUGAGAAUCUGAGGCAACUCUGUGUCCACAAAGUUGCCAAAGAGAGCAGCCGAUCAUGGAUCUGGUGGGAUUAUGUGACUGAUUUCCAUAUCAGAUGUUCUAUGAAGGAGAAGAAGUACAGUAAAAAUUGUGCUGAGGAUGUCAUGAAAUCACUGGAUCUUCCCAUCGAGAAAAUAAAGGAAUGUGUUGGUAACCCUGAAGCAGAUACUGAGAAUGAAGUAUUAAGUACCGAACAAAAAGUCCAGGUUGGGCAUGGAUCUCGUGGAGAUGUUACCAUCUUGCCCACAUUGAUUAUAAACAAUGAGCAGUAUCGAGGGAAAUUGGAGAGAACUGCUGUCCUGAAGGCUGUAUGUGCAGGAUUUAAGGAGACCACUGAGCCUUCAAUCUGUUUAAGUGGAGAUCUCGAGACAAAUCAGUGCCGUGAAAGGAAUGGAGGAUGCUGGGAGGACAUAAAAGCUAACGUAACUGCUUGCAAGGAUACUUUCAGGGGAAGAGUUUGUGAGUGCCCCAUUGCAAAUGGUAUUCAAUAUAGGGGGGAUGGCUAUACAUCUUGUGAAGCUUUUGGACCUGCAAGGUGUUCAAUCAACAAUGGAGGUUGUUGGUCAGAAAGUAAAAAUGGCAUAAAUUUCUCGGCUUGCACAGGGUCCAAAGAGAGCGGGUGUGAAUGCCCACUUGGCUUUUCUGGGGAUGGGAUGAAAUGUGAAGAUGUUGAUGAAUGUAAGGAACACAGUGUAUGUCGCUGCGAUGGAUGCACCUGCGAGAACACUUGGGGUAGUUAUGAAUGCAAAUGCAAGGGAAAUCUUAUGUAUAUAAGGGGCCAAGAUGUUUGUAUCGAAAGAAGUGGAUCAAAAUCCGGCCGGUUCCUCGCCUUCGUGUUUGUGGCAGUUAUCGUUGGAGCUUGUGUAGCUGGUUACGUGUUCUACAAGUACAGGUUCCGGUCUUACAUGGAUUCCGAGAUUAUGGCUAUCAUGGCACAAUAUAUGCCACUUGACCAGCAAAACAAUGAAGCUCAGCCUCUACGACAAAGCUCGGUAUAAUUAAGCUUGCUUCCACGGAGAACAAUCCUCUUACAUCACUACCGGCCAUUUACAGAAAUCAGAGCUAAAAGAGCCAGCCGAAUAUGGAAGAAUCCAUGGCCACAGAACAUUAUUAACAAGCAUUUCACAGCCUUGAAGCGAAAUAAGGAAAGAUCCAAUAUACUAGUCUUAUACAACAAAAUAUUAGGAUAAUUAUGUGUAGUACUAUAAUAUUAGUUCAAAAAAUUUUCUUCAUAGAAUAAUUUCGACAGUUUGUAGAUGGAAUUAUUGAGAUAUACAUGUAAGCAGUAAGCCUGAGAUGUGAAACGAAGUAGGAUAUUGAUACAAAAGCUUGCUUGCACAAGUAAUACGGAACUCUCUUUCGUUUUUAUGAAAAAAUAAAUAAAUCGGUAGUUUUUGUUUA